AUGGCCAUGUACGACCUUGUGCUACGUGAGGUGGAGGAGGUUAAAGAGGAGAUGGUGAACAUCGUUAAGGAGAAUGUGGUGAAGAGGGUGAUAGAGAGCGUGUCUCAGGUGGGGAUAAAGAGUGAGGUGAAGGAGGUAGUGCCCGUGGUGAAGAUGGACACACGUUUCUUCGGAGAGCUGCUGGCGGAGGUUUACAGGAAGAACUGUGACAUCCACACCUGCAUCUCAGAACACGUGGCCAAGAUACGUGGAAGGAAACACCUCUUAGAUCCCAGUAAUGACUACAAGGUAAAGAGAGAUGACAUUGAGGCCCUGAUCCCCAAAGGAGCAUCUGAGCUGACCAAACAGCAGCUCCGCUACCUGCUGCAGACCCGUAUGACAGCAGACAAGACCAUGCGUCUCCUUCUGACUACCUUCAGCAGCCUGAGGGAGGAGCUGAUCCACAUGUCAGAGGAUCUGAGGCGUCUGGAGAGUGAGAAGGAGUCCCUGGAGAGAGACCUGAGCUUCAAGGCUGACCAGGCUGAGCAGUAUGACCGCCUCCUAGAGGCCAUACGAGAGAACAACAGACAGCUACAGAUAUCUCUGAAGGAGACCAGCUCCAGCCAGCGGACCCUGGAGACUCAGCUCCUGAGCAGCCGCACUACAGACUCAAACAGGGACUUUCGCAUCAAAGAACUGGAGGGGAGCUACCGAGCCCUGGAGAAGGAGAACGAGAUACUCAAACAGAAGUUGGCUGGCCAGUGUAGCAGUAGCACCAUUCAGAUGAAUACAGAGGAGCUGUCACGUCAGUACUCAGAGCAGCUAGCUGCCCUGCGCCAGGAGAAGGACAAGGAACUGCAGAGCCUCAGGUCCCAGCUGACGCGGAUCACCGCAGAGUACACCACGGAGAGGUCAGGUGACAAGAGCCUGCAUCUCCGCAUCACACAGCUGCUGACAACACUGGAGCAGCGGGAGGUCAUCAUCAAACGUCAGGAGGAGGACAUCCGGCUGUUGCAGCAGGAGAAGAAGAGAGACAGCUCCAAGAACGUCACCACGACCACUAUCACCAAAAGGUACAGGAACCAGUACCCCCUCCUGGGCCUGCUAACUGAUGACUACAAUUCCACAUCGCCUGUCAAGGAUACCAAGACCAUCGUAAUCGAGAGCCGGACGGGGGAGAUGAUCAAACAGGAGGGAGAGCUCGGGACCCUCACUGGGCUGUUACUAUUUGGCCCUGUCAGAAGCUGGGCAAGGGUCCGUCGUGUGAGGAGAGCCUGUGAUGAGAGGAUGAUGGAUGGAACUUGACUCAGGACCAGGACCUGAUGGCAUGGAGAGAGCAUGUUAAAUUCUGCCCUUUUCUGUUAGUAAUAAAAUUAAUUCAUUUUCUCCCGACUCUACUAAAUUCCAUAUUGGGGUUGUGGAUGCUUAAUUGGACAGGCACCCUUGUUGUUUGUGAGAGUCAUGCAUGGGGUUGUGAGAAAGUUUGGAAUGGAUUUAGGGUGACAGCACAGACGUUUCAAGGGAUUUGAGUAGGGCUGCACAAUUAAGCAAAUUCACAGAGAUCACAAUAUUGACAUGUGCAAUAUCCAUAUCGCAAGAGAUCCAUAUGGCGUGCAAUAUUUUGAAACACUUCUUAACUGGGUGUAACGUCUGUUUUUAUAGUUUACGCUGUCUCUCUCCUUUUGUGGCCUUCCCACACACACCAUGCGCCUGUCACUCAGCAGAGCAUUUCCUCCUCACUGUUAGAUUCCCUAUACAUUUGUAUGCUGUUCCUUUACGUCAGAUGCAGUCAAAAUAGUGUUCCAAACAAGAACGAUUUGUAUUUUUUGCCCAUAUCGUGCAGCCCUAGUUGAUCCACUGUCAGUCUCAGCAGUCUUAUGACAUCAAGUCAAUCAUAGGACUAGAAGAGAUCAAGCUUGUUGUCUUUCCAAUGCUGAAUGAAAGAGUAGUAUGGCAGAUAACAGUGAGUGGUAAACAGCAAGAAACACAUCUUUUGUAA